UGUUUGGGGACCUGGCCGUGUCAGCACUUCCGGGUCCACGUCUUCCGAAGAGGAUGGAGCUGAGGACCGGGGACAAACUGUGACCCAGACACCGGGACUGCCCGACACUCUGUGUAUAGCCCGGGGCAGAUAGCUCAUCGGCUGCAGGUCAUGAUCGUGUUCUUGUAACAGUUGCUUGAGAAAUCAUUUACAAUGUCUUGGUUUACUGAUCUUGCUGGCAAAGCAGAGGAUCUGCUCAAUCUAGUAGAUCAAGGAGCAGCAACUGCUCUAAGCAAGAGUAAAGAAGAUGAUGAUGUCCUAUUGACUGGUAGUUACCCCAGUGCUGGUCUUGAACAAGAAAAUGAGAAAAACACAGACAAACACCAGUCCUAUGGAAAGUCCAGCUUCAUCUCUUCAGCUGCUGACAAUAUAAAGCAUCAAAAAGCAACUAUGUUAGCUGGCACAGCGAAUGUAAAAACUGGCACCAGGACAACUAUGGAGGUUUCGCACAGCAGUUCAAGUGUCCCUUCACUCAGAGCCACCAACCAGUUUGUAAGGAGGAAGAAAUCUGAGCCAGACGACGAGCUGCUGUUUGAUUUUCUGAACAGUUCGGACAAGGUUCACAAUAGUAGUCUAGAUUCUAAAAAAGAAACGAGCAAGGAGACGGUAUCAGUCAGUCCAUCUGCUGCAAGAUUCAGUUCUAAGAGCGUCAAGACAUCUGAAAGCCUAAUAACAAAGACACAAGAUAAACCUAGCGAUACACAAUCUGAGAUCAAUAUCCAGGAGGAUGUGAUUAAUGAGAGCAAGGUAUCAGAAACAGAAAACAACUCAAAUCACAGUACCAACGGGGAUCAAAAAUCUCACGAACUGUCCAAUCUUCGCUUAGAGAACCAAUUACUUAGAAGUGAGGUCCAGUCUCUGAACCAAGAAAUGGCCACUUUGAUACAGAGGUCUAAGGAAACACAUGAAGAAUUGAAUGAAGCUCGGACACGUAUAGAGAAAUGGAAUAGUAACAACUCAAAAAGUGACAGAUCGGCACGAGAACUGCGAGCUCAGGUUGAUGACCUGACAGAAGCCAUGGCUGCAAAAGAUUCCCAGCUUGCUGUACUCAAAAUUCGACUUCAGGAAGCAGACCAACUACUCCAUAGCCGUACAGAGGCAUUGGAAAUUCUCCAGAGUGAGAAAUCCAGAAUACUCCAAGAUCAAAGUGAAGGUAACAGCAUACACAAUCAGGCCUUGCAAACUACUCAGGAGAGACUUCGAGAUGCAGAGGCAACACUAAAACGUGAACAGGAGAGUUUCAAACAUAUGCAGAAUGAGUUUUCCGACCGAAUGAGCAAAAUGGAAGUAGAGCGCCAGAGUUUGGCCGAAGCCGUUGUGGUCGCAGAGAAGAAGUCUAUGGAAGAGAAGAGGAAGAGUGAUGAUCUCCAGCAUCAGCUGAAAGUAGCCAAGACCGGGCUGGAAUCAUCCAAGCAGGAAAUGGCCGAUUACAAGCAAAAGGCAUCUCGCAUUCUGCAGUCAAAGGAGAAACUGAUUAACAGUUUAAAGGAAGGAUCGGGCAUAGAAGGUUUGGACAGUCACACCGCCACUGCGGUGGAGCUGGAGGAAUUAAGGCAUGAGCGGGACAUUCAGAAAGAGGAUCUCCAGAGGCUUAUGGGCCAGAUCCAGCAGCUGAAGGCGGAACUGCAGGAUUUGGAAGCACAGCAAGUGAGUGAAGCAGAAUCAGCCAGGGAGCAGCUACAAGACCUUCAGGAGCAGCUGGCAGAGCAAAGGAGAGCCAAACAAGAGGCUGACUCAGAGUUAGAGCGUCAGAAGCAGGAAUUACAAUACACACAAGAUGAUAUUUUGAAAACCAAGACUAGUCUGCAGGGAAGGAUCAGAGACCGAGAGGAUGAGAUUCAGAAACUCCGGAAUCAGCUAACUAAUAAGGCCUUGAGUAGCAGCAGCCAGAGUGAGCUGGAGAGCCGCUUACACCAACUUACUGAGACCCUGAUCCAGAAACAAACCAUGCUGGAGAACCUCAGCACUGAGAAGAACUCACUGGUGUAUCAGCUGGAGCGUCUUGAGGCUCAACUCAAGACUGUGCAGGGGAACAGCAGCAAUGGAGCGUCCAUCAAUAUGUCUACGGUGGACAGCGGAGAAGGGGCCCGUUUGCGAAAUGUUCCUGUCCUUUUCAGCGAUUCUGAACCCGGCGUGGCUGGCAUGUAUGGGAAGGUCCGAAAAGCUGCCAACAGCAUUGAUCAGUUCAGUAUCAGAUUAGGCAUAUUCCUCAGAAGAUAUCCAAUCGCGAGGCUGUUCAUUAUCAUUUAUAUGGCACUUCUUCACCUAUGGGUGAUGAUUGUUCUUCUCACGUACACCCCAGAAAUGCAUCAUGACCAACCACCAGGAAAGUAAUAUCAGAAACCAAAGAGCAUCCCUUGUAAACGUGCCACAUUUACUCUGUUACGGAAAAAAUUUACAUCUACUUUAGACUAGGGGACAUCUUUCAAUAACCAAUCAAUCCUACUAUUCUUUUAAUUAAAACAAUAUCUUCUCUAAUCGGAUGCAAAAGAUGAGAAAUUUAUUAUACAACAAGUGAUUUAAGGGUAAUGCAAGCAGGGCAGUGAUCUUUUGAAAUACUCUGCACUGAUCGGGUAUUCGAUCACAGUAACAAACCGCAAGUUUCUCUCUCAAGACAUUUGUUCAUGGACAGAAGGUGUUAUGUACAGUUCGAUUUGAGUUUCCUAGAAAAUUUCACAGAUUCUAUCAGUUCACAUUUGCACAAUUGAACCCAUUGCAAGCUGGGACAUGUUUUCACAGAUGAUCAUACAGUUCAUUGGAAGCCAAACGGUUCGAAGGAUUUGGUGCAUUAUGUAAAUUAUCUAUAAUCAGGGACUUGAAAUGUAAUUAAAUAAAUUAUACAUGGUUCUGUUCUUUAUGUUCAAAAUUCUUAUGCACUUGUUUAGGUUUUAAAUGUAAAUAGUUGCUCCUUUUUUUCCAAGCUAUUAAAAUACUUACAGGCCUGUCAAAUGACUAGUGCAAUCUUUUAGUUAUUUACUAAAAGUAUUAAUAAAACAUCAAACAUU